AUGGCGACACACUCACGCCGAAGAUUCCGAAUAACUGGCCUUAAGACUCCCAAUCCAAACCUCCCGCCGUGCGAUCCAUCCCUAUGGAUCGUUUUUUAUAGCAAGGCUCCCUCCAUCGACCAGCUUCCGGCCUCUCGCAUCCCCGUCUCUCCCCAGACACAGAAUAUCCUCGGCCAACGUCGCUACAUCCAGAGUCAAGGCCAGCUGGCCAGGAAGGAAUUCAUGCUUCACGACAGGAAUAACUGGCCUACCAUCAACUUGCCACCCCAUGGACAGCAGCAGCAGCAGCCUUACCCCCAGGCUUACGCUGCGCAAAUGCUUGCCCGCCAACAGGUUCCACACGCGCCCAUGCAACAGCAACAAGUUGUUGGCUAUCCACCUGGCGUUGUCCCGCCCAAGGUCCAACGCACUCAGCGAGCGCCCGCUUCGACAGCCCCUGCAACCCCGGAUUUUUCUCUAGAUGACGAGGAAGUGUCAACAGGCGACAUUCUCGAUGCACUCACACCCAGAGAUAUCAGUCGCAUGCGUUACAAGAACCACCACGAAUGGAUGGAAGAGGUAUUAGCUUCACCGUAUCGAAUGGACCAGAUACUUCCUGUUGAUCUUGGACUCGGUCGCAAAGGUGAGCUGGAGAGUUUGACAAAGGGCUACUUCUACACCCCUGGUGCGCUCGCAUCCCAGCGAAAAGAAGGUGACGGGCCACCGCCAGCUAGUGGCAAGAUGGAUCCUGGGAAGGCUGAAGACUUUGCCAACUCCGUUGCUAAACGGCUUGCUGAGAUGAAUGCGGAAAUGGAAAACAUGAGAAAGAAACAUGCUCGCAAACUGGAGAAGACGAAGAAACUGUCAGCCUUGAGAGAGGCUGAGCUUAACCUCCGAGAUGCCGUCAUUGAUCCGUCCGACACCGGGGAUGAAAUCUGGAGGGUAGAAGGGCGGCUGCGACCCGAGCAAGAGGAUGGUAUGUCCCCAGUUGACUACAGCGACAAGUCCAGGAAGAAGGUGGAUGAUAUCCUGAACGGACUACAAGCCAGUUGGGGAAGGACGGUUGUUCCGGUCAGUGACAUCAACUGUCUAGAGAAAGGAGGUUUACAGGAACGGGUGCAGCCUCCUCCCCCACCCCCUCAACCCACCAUAUCAGAUGCCGACAUGAUCAACACAGUACAUUAUGGACAGUAUGACCGGGCAACCGAUGGUGGCGUUGAAACGGCACCUGGAGUCACUGCUCCUUCACAGGGGGUACCUACAUCCGCGGCCUCGCAGCCGAUGCCAUCAUCAGCCGCACCUCCACAGCCCGUCAGUACAGCGCCACCAACCAGCGAGGACGUUGUCAUGGGUGGUGUUGAGCCUCCAGUCCAGUCACAUGCAACGUCUGGACAGCCAGCAGCAGCUGAAGGAGAUGGGGACUGGAUAAUGGUAAAUAAAGACGGCCAUACAUCCGCGGCGUCACCCUCCAAGGGCAUCAAUCCUGGUGUGAACGAAAAUACACAACAGCCUAUCACCACCACCACCGGAGCACCUAGCACAACUUCUGUUCAGGGAACACCAGCUGCGCCCACCGCAGAGGCCACCGUACCGGGAAUGACGCCUGGGGCGACGGGGGAGUUUGAGGAUGAGAAUAUCAAUACCGCUGGAGAAGCACUGGCAGACUACCAUGGAGACGUUGGCGGGCUUGACAUGGGUGGCAUAGAUGACUCUGCCUUUGGAGAUGCCUUCCAUGCCACCGAAGGGGACCUCGGGGAACAUCAUCAUGAGACAGACGAAAUCGCGUAG